CCCCCCCCCUCUUUCCCCCCCCCCCCCAUGCCAGCCAUGAUAGAGAAGGGCCCGGAGGUCUCCGGGAAGCGCAGGGGCAGAAACAGCAAUGCCAGCAGCGCGACGAGCGCUUCUAACAGCGCUGCUGCCUCGGCCGGUGCCAACAGCGCUAACAAUGGAAAUAAUAAAAGUUUGGCAGCGGCAGCAGCGCCCAAUGGGAAUAGCAGCAGCAACAACUCCUGGGAAGAAGGCAGCUCUGGGUCCUCCAGCGAUGAAGAACAUGGUGGAGGAGGCAUGAGAGUGGGACCCCAAUAUCAAGCAGUCGUCCCUGACUUUGAUCCUGCUAAACAAGCAAAGCGGUCUCAGGACAGAGAGAAUCUUGGUAUGCUUGUCUGGUCACCCAACCAGAAUAUUUCUGAAGCAAAGUUGGAUGAAUACAUUGCUAUUGCAAAAGAGAAACAUGGCUACAACAUGGAACAGGCACUUGGGAUGCUCUUUUGGCACAAGCAUAACAUUGAGAAAUCUCUGGCUGAUCUACCUAACUUCACUCCAUUCCCAGAUGAAUGGACAGUUGAAGACAAGGUUUUGUUUGAGCAAGCUUUCAGUUUCCAUGGGAAAACAUUUCACCGAAUUCAGCAGAUGCUGCCUGACAAAUCAAUAGCGAGCUUGGUGAAGUUCUACUACUCAUGGAAAAAGACGAGAACCAAAACAAGUGUCAUGGAUCGUCAUGCUCGGAAGCAGAAAAGAGAAAGGGAGGAAAGUGAGGAUGAAAUGGAAGAAGCAAAUGGAACUAACCCUAUUGAUAUUGAAGUUGAACAAAACAAGGAGACCAAAAAAGAGGUUACUCUGAAAUUUAAUGCACGCUGGACCACAGAUGAGCAGCUUCUUGCAGUUCAAGCAAUCAGGAAAUACGGUCGUGACUUUCAAGCAAUCUCUGAUGUGAUUGGGAACAAGUCAGUGGUGCAAGUGAAAAACUUUUUUGUAAAUUACCGGCGGCGUUUUAACAUAGAUGAAGUUCUACAGGAAUGGGAAGCAGAGCAUGGCAAGGAAGAAACGAAUGGAACCAGUGCACAGAAACCUGUAAAAUCACCAGAUAAUAAUACCAUUAAAGUGUCUGAAGAAGAGGAGGAGGCUACUUCUGUUUUGGAUGUCAGAUACGCCACUGCUUCUUGAGAAACUGAGGUAGCCAAGAACAAUUUUAUGUUUUGACUACUGUGUUCGCCACAAUAUCAGGUAUUAGCAAAACCUCAGACAGCCAUCUGCAUCAUAUCUCUGUGGACAAGCAGCUAUUACCAAAAAAGAGAGGGAGGGAGAGAGAAUGAACAGAUCACAAACAAAAGGCAAACAAUUCUGCUCCUGUGCUAUAUUUGCCUUAAUCUUCUCCUCAUUCCUCCACAUGGCCGCCAUUGACACUUCUACAAUUCCUAGAACAACUUCUUGGUUUUCAGUGAUGGUUCCUAUUAUUCAGCUAUUCCUCAAACCAUCUACACACCAGUGUGUUAAGCCACGAUCAGCCAACCUUUCUUCUCUUUCCCUUGCUCAGAAGUUACCUCCAGGCAGCAGGGACGUUUCUAAAACUUGCCUAAUAGGGUAUUAGUAUAUAUUUCUAUAUGGCCUUGUGUGACUUUGGCUUUUUUUCCUGAUGUAAUCAUUAUUCAUAAGAUGACUUUUUCUUUUUAUGGGUGAGCUCUCUGUUAAGAAAAGUGCUGUGCAUCUCUCAUCUCUCAGCUUGUCUGGCAUUUUCUCUGAAGUCAGGGGAGAUGGAGAGGAGAGAUAAUUUCAAAGAUGCAACGGUAGUUUACUGGCCCCCCAGCGUGUACAACUCUUGUGGCUGUGUUCAACUCCUUUUUAGGAAGCUCACUGAUUUUAAUUGUGAUUUUUAUGAUUAUUAUGAUUAUUGUAAUGGGCCUUUUUAUUUAGUGCAAAAGGGAAUGUGCCGCCUGUAAUCUGCUUUGAUAUAACACAGACGCGUGCGCACACAGAGAGCAUUCAGCAUAAUUGCAUUAUAUUGUCCAGAUGAAUUCCAAUACAAUUGAGUUUCUUUGACCAUUUGGGGAUUAAGGCAGAACCACAGCUUUUUAUAUGGAAAUUCUGGCAUAUUCCUCUCUUCUUAAAGUGUAGACCUUUCACCUCUUUGAGUCUGCACAUUACUUGUAGAGAUGGGAGCUUGGUCAUGGCAUUACAGUACAGAUGACAAAUGUAAAACAGGGAGGUUUGUUCCUUAAAUUUGCACAGGGGAGACUCCAGAGUAAUUUUCCUGUCCUACAUUUUAUUCUCAUUCUUCCCAUCUCCAGAAAUCCUUUUUGAUAGUAUUUUAGCACAGCCUUCCCCAGUCUAGUACCUCUUCAUAGGUGUUAGACUGCAACAUCCAUGAUUUCCAGCCAGCGUGACCAUUGGGCCUUGGGUACCAGUUUGGGAAACCUCCUGUAAUAUCAUGCAAGCUGCUGGAGCUUGCUAUAGUGUGGUUCCUUCCAAUAUCGGAAGCCCAGGUGUGAGGGCAGAGAGGCCACCAUGGCAACUUUCCAUUCCAGUAUUGCACUUCCUAGGAUCUGGAAUGAUGCUGGCAUGAGAAGUAGCAUUGGUAGCUCUUCUCCUUCUGAUCCUAGCAGCAUGGGAGGCCCUCUGCACCACCUGGGCAACAACCAAAGGGGCCAAUCAUCUGAAAACGUAGAAGAUAGUAUUUUUGUCAGUGAAUCUCUUGUGCCUCUAUAAAAUUAAGUUAAUAUUUUAAUUGGGAAAGUCUAGUGGUUAUAUUUGUUUUCUUCCCAUUAACUUUGUCAUUAGAUGACUUUUAAUAUAGAACUCAAAUUUAAAUGAAGUUACAAUCUCAGUAUGUAUUGGAAUAAUGAAUGGUCCUUAGGUAGAAAAGUGAUAUAAAUUCUAUUGGGGUAGGAGCUCUGUGCCCUUUCCUUGCAGCCCCAUUAGUUUAAUGUUGGUCUCCACCAACUAGAAUUGAUCUACAUCUAUUAACGUAUCCACCAGUUAAAAUUAAUUAAACUUUGCAAACAAAUUCAUGUUUUGUUUGGUAUACCAGGCACCACCAAAAUUAUAUCUUGGGGACGGGGAGGGAUGCCCAAUCGCAUCUGUUUUUUUAAGGUAACGUAAAUGAAACUAUUUUUAGAAGGCCCUAUCCCUUCCAUUUUGAUAAUUAUACACAUGUGAGCACAUACAUGUGCACACACAGUUGAAGCACAAGAGGUUUAUUCCAUAACUGUACUCCUAGAUUAUCAUCCUAACCACUGCUAUGAACUUUGACAGCACUGAUGAUUCUAAAAAGAAUUAUUCUGGGAGAUUUCCACUAUGCAUGAGAAGGCAGAACUGCACUUUAGCAUCCUUUCCAAUAGCUGCCACCAGAUGAGGAUAGCCAUUAACAAGAAGGCAUUUGUGGAGGUCACUCCCAGUUCCUACACAUAGCAAUAGAACAAGCACUUGCCCCUUCGGAUGUGAUUCUUUAGAACAACUUUUCCCAACUUGGUGCCCCUCAGCUGCGUUGAACUACAUUUCCCAGCACCCCAGCCAGCAGCUGGGGAUGGUGGGAGGAACAGUCCAGCCCAGCCAGUCAUUCUAAGGUGGCGAAGGCUAGCUCAUAGGUGCUUUGCCAGCCACUGAUUUCAAAACUGUUUUUUGCCAGAGGAAGGCACCUUUUAAACAAAAGCUGUUCCCGUCUUCAUAAGUAGCUAACAAAAGUCCAGAUAGGAAGGAACCUGUUACUCUAUCCAGUGUAAAAAAUAGAGAGGAAGUAAUAGAUAAUGCCGAAUAAUAAUCUAAAACCGCCUUCUUCAAUGUGGUGUCCACCAGAUGGCUUAGGCAGCAUCUCCCAUCAUUUCUAGCUGGCUGGGAAUGAUGGGAGAUGCAGCAUGAGCCACCUGGAGGGCACCACAUUGGAGAAGGCUGAUACGCAACAGGGGAAACAAGCCCUUUAAAUAAAAAGCCUGACUAGUCUAAUAAAGGAAGAGAGAAUGGAAAGAUAUUAGAAUGCAAAUGAUAAAAUCAUUGUACCCCUCCUUAAUUAGCUCCUACGUGACACUUUGUGCCUGUGAUAUCUGAUUUAUAUUCCCCGCUCUGGGAAGUCUUUUUUAAAAUCAAUUCCUAGUCUAUGUAUGUAAAAUGGAAUCUGUCCUGCCAGGGAAAUGUAUAUAAAAACACUUUCCUCCAUGUGUUUUGUUGAAGAAUUGGCAUAUUUUAACCAUAUUUUAAAGAUGGAUUCUGGGAUGCCACCUAGUCAUUUUAGGAGUGGUGGGUCAUAAAAUGAUCUGUUUUUAAAACUUAAUUGCGAUAGUAGGCACUGUGCAAUUGUAUAAAAUUAGAAAUAUUUCUUUGUAAAUGUACCUGUUUUAUAUUAAAUUAGCAAAGGAUAUGAGAGCCAGAUGGGUAUCGCUUGAGUCUGCCUCAAAGCCAUGCUGGUAAAGGUUUAAAAUGUAUGUUUAUUAUAUGACAUAUGUAUUGCUGGACUGUAUUACUUCAGACUGCAGGUGUGUGUUAGAGGGCUGAAUAUAAGAAAAUGUAUAUUUGAAAGUUAACUUGCAAUUAUUAUUUUUACAUUACCCAUCGUCGUCAUCAGCCAUUCAGUUGAUUCCAGCCCUUGGCUCGCUAUGGCUUAUUGCUCUUCAUGCCCCUCUGCCUCACACGCUUCCUUAAGAUCACCACGUACAUCCCUGUGUCUUUAAAUUACCAGAACCUAUAAAAUGCUGAUGUUAGGGAAGAGAUUAGGACAGUCUAAACCUUCCUGACAUGCUAAGUUUAUAUAUGUAAAAAUAUUUAUGAGGGGUGAUGUUCUGUGUACCUUCUAUAGCCAGGGAUACACAUGCAGUAAUUUUCUUGGCUUUUCUCAGCAUGGUGCUUCCCAGCUGUUUUGAAUUACCAAGGUGUGUUAGCCAGAGGGCAUGGCCAAAUGAUUAGAAGUGGUGGGAAUUGUAGUCCAACACAUCUGGAGAAUACCGAGCUGGGGAAGCUUGACUUAGAUUAAACGUGAGUUAGAAACCAGAAGUGUCUUCUUUGAGAAGAAUGCAGUACUUCUGUGAGUCUGGUUGAGGUACUGCAUUGAAAAUUUAUACCAAACACUUGAGAGAAAAAUUUCUGUAUCAUUCUAUUCCGAUGUAUAGGUUUCCUAAAACAGAUUUACAAUUAACUUUGUUCACCUUUUGUAUUAAUUUCCAUUUCAUAAAUGAGUAUUUCAUUUUCUUUAGGAGAUAUCAUUACUAACACCGUCUUUUGAUUCCAUGCCAUGCUGCACUGGCACAGGGGAGUUUGCAGAACUGGAUUUCCCUACUCUCUUUCUGAACAGCCCCACAGCCCCUGAAAAAUGCUUCAUGGGGGUCCUCCUGAACCAAAGAGGUGAGGGAUUUGAAAAGGAUCCCCAAAGAUUGACUGGUGAGCAGAAGGUAUGCCAGCUAGCAGAAUGUCACUGUCAAAUAUGACACACACACUCAGGCCUGAGUAAGGCAAAUCUCAGCAAAACCAGAAGUUAAGUAGGUGAACAGUUGCUAGAAUACGGAUAAAAACUGAGUCACGUUUUUCAUUAUCCUGUGUGUGACAGUUCUGACAUUUGUUCCUCUGCCUGCAACCUGAAGUGGUACAGUUCAUCCCUAAGGCCACUGAUGAUGCCCUUUGGCUCUGGGUGCAUGUCUCUGUCUUUGGUAAAUCUAUGAAGCAAAAUGAUCAGAAAAAGACUUGGUUUUGGCUUGAUCCCCUGUGGAAGUUGGUGCAGAAUCCCUCUGUGAGGAAGAUAAAUUAUGUAUAUUCUCUCACCUCUUCAUUGCAAUAGAAUAGCAUUGAUUUUUUUCCCAUUAAUUGAGCUAUGCCUGCAACUGUUUCAUUAUGAAAUAGAAUAAAUUAUUUAGGUUUCAGUUUUUUAAAAAACUGGUCUUCUGUAUGGAAAGACUUCAAUUUUGUUGUUCAAACAUUAUUUCAAUCAAGGUUUUGCGUUCUGAUUUAGAGGGGUCCACAAAGAUUACUACAUAAUAUGUAAUAUUCACUUAAAUCUUGUUCUUCUUAAACUAUCAAUGUGAAUGUUAUAAUUAUAUAUAUAUUGUGGAAGAUGGGAAAUUUUAUUUCUUCCUAAGUAUAAGUUAUUAUGCAUAACUAUGGUAUCGCUAUGAAAAAGUGGUACUUUUUAAAAAACACAAAACAAAACAUUUAGUUUUAGAAAUCUUAACAAAUGUAUUGUAUAUGCACCAGAAUUUUACAUUUAUUCUAUUUAAUUUUUAAAUGUAGUUGUGUAACAUGCUAGUAAUUUUUCCAUCGUAUUCCCUCCACCCCCUCUACUUUAUUCAUCAGAAUACCUUGUUACUUGAAUAUUCUUAACUGGUCUGAAACACAGUAAAAUUCUGUAAUCUGAAGCCAAGGCAGGGAGGGCUUAUAUAAUGUGUAGCGCUUAACAGUUUCUGGCAACAUGGUACAAUCAUAUCCCCAGUAGCAGCUUCAGCUAGUAAUGCAGUUGCAUGUAUACACAUACAUCCUCUCUUCAGGAAUAUAAACAUCCAUUUAGUGAAGUCCCCUUUUCUGAACUGAACCCAUGGGAGUCCCUUUGGACACCUGUGUUCCAUGCGUAUUCUCAAUAUGGAGGAAGGAGGGGGUAUCACAUCCCCGGCCCUCCCCAUGGCUGCUGUGUGGUGGCUAUCCGCUCGUUUGGUGGGGGGUGUGAAAAGGGACGUUUCCCCGUGUUCAGCUAAACAUUGGCAGGAGUUUCAGUGUGACCAAGGGGUCCUUGUCACCUUGAACUCCCCACACAUGGCAGGUAUGAAGAGGGUGAUGCUCUGUCUGCUUUUCUGCUGAGUGGUAUCUUUCUGGCCUGGUGCUCAGCCAGUUCUGUGCGCCUCCCUGGAAGUCAGGAAGCAUCCUGCCUUCUCCUGUAAUAUGGGAUCCAGGAGUUAGCUUAGGGAUGGAAAUACCUGUGAGCCUGGAGAAACUAAUACUGACCUUUCACCCUUCCACUCUACAACCUCAAGAGCUUAGCUAGAAGAUGAAUCAGGAAUGUAACACACGGGGUGCUUGGUCUGUAUUCUAGCCACCCCAAUUUAGAAAACACUGCUGUGUGAAUUGCUAAGGUCCGUGUAUAAUGCUGGCUGGGUGGGGUUUUAUGUAUAUAUAUAUUUUUAGGAUAACCAACCAAUGCAAGAAAAUCAUCCUUCUGAAACUAAACAGUUGUCAUGCAACGUCAGAGAUUAGUGAAUUUGCCUAUGUUAAUUUUAUUCAGUUUCUUAUUUUUCCAACCUUCAGUUUGGCCCAGUCACACAUCAGUGUAGGAUUUUAUUUUUCAAAGUCCUCACAAAUUUUUCUUGCAAUUUUGCGCUAAUGUUUUGCUAAUGUAUACAUUUUUUGCUAGUGAUUUCUCCUAAAACAACAUGUUUCCAUCCAUUAUGUACAUUUUUGUGUAUGCUUUUCCAUAGUGUAUGGAUUUGUGCAUAGCUUCCCACAAUGUGUGCAUAUUUAUUUAUUUUAUUAUUAUUAUUGUGGAGAAAUGUAGCACUAAAUUUGGGUAAGUGCAAAUUUCAGUGUGCAACUAUGUUGCGGUUUGCUCAUUGUUUCAGCAGGUGCACAAUUUGUAAGUGCGUAAGAUUUGGACAGAAUGAAUUUCUCACCUAGCUCUUUAAAUGAUGAAUCGGGAGACCUGCAGUUUGAAAAAAAAGCAACAUCUCAAGUUGUCUCAAGCUCAAGAAACUAGCUUCUUUGAACUUGGAUAUUUGGUUUUUAAAAAGGACAAAAUAGCAAAUCUGAAGCAAUUUCCUUCCUAUUUUAAGGACCUUUUGAAACCUGUCUAAAACACACUCAUUGCCACUUUAACUCUGUGACCAUUUCAAUUCCAUGCCCCCUUUCCCCAGUAAAAUGCAUCUUUGGUGUUUUUGCACCCCAAAUAAUGAGCCAAGUUUUGUUAGCCUAACUUGCUUACUACAUGACUAAGUGUAAGGACUUUAUAAUUAAAUAAAAAAAAACAACCCUCCCAUCAAUUUAGCAAAGUAGAAAAAAAAAAGUCAUGAGAGAGAAUUUUUUGGGGAGUCUAUAUUUUUGAAGCAUUUCAAGAGGGAUUAAAAUGAGUCUCACUAUUUUAAUGAAAAAGUCACAGUUUUAUUAGUUUGGGUUUGUUUAGUUAGUUGUGCAAUGUCCCAAACCCCUCAUGCUUUCCUCUGCUCCCUGGAAACAAUGCAGCUUUUUUCCUCUGGGCACAAUCCACCAUGCACUGGCAUACUGCAUCGCCUCCAUUGUUUUCUAUGGGGUCUGUGCAAGAAUUCCUUGGUUGUAAGCUUCCCUGGAACAAAGAGCAGCUGUAUAUUAGCCAUGCCUGUUGGAUUGAUGUAAAGCACAACUACAGCGAAAGCUACAGUUCUGAAGACAGAAGGUCAGUAUAUGUCUAUGCAUGUUGUAUAUUCAUGAGUGUUUACAUUCAUAUUCUCCUCAAAUUUAAAUUUAUACUGGAGUGUAUAGUAUUCCAUUAUGUAGAUUUUAUCAAUUUUGUUAAAUUCUCCUAGACAGCUUACAGGAUUCCUGCUCCAAAAUUUUAUGAUGUAUAAUGUUAAGUUUGCAAAUAUAAUACAAUUCUGUAUAGCCUUUGAAGUGAUAAGAAAUUAUGCAUUGGGGCUGGGUGUUUUUUUAAAAGUGUGUAGUAAUAAUGCUGUUGUAAGUAAUAUUUUUCAUGUCUUCUCUCUCUUUUUUUGCCUGUUCACUCCUCCCUAAUAUUAUUUAGCAGACUUACUGUGAUGGAUGUUCAUGGAAUUAUAAAACUGUGUAGUCACGGAAAAAUAACAGUUUGGGGACUUUUUUCUCUCUGAAUUAUCAAUUUGCUGUAAGAGGAAUUAUAACAGGGAGAGGGGAGUUCAUGAUUCAUUUCUGAAAUUCUACACAGUUCAUUCUUCUAUUAUUUCCAAUGUUUGCUGACAUGAAAUUAAAACAAAUCAAGCCAUUAUGUAAUGCAA